CCAACAUGUCCAGUGAAAACAGCCCCAGGCCCAGCCCCAGCCCCAGCCCCAGCCGCAGCCGCAGCCGCAGCCCAUCCCAACCCCAACCCCAACCCAGACCGAUAACCCUACAGGUCGGGGAGCGGCAAUUCACCACGACCCACGAAACCCUCACCGCAGAAAGCGACUUCUUCGCCUGCCUGCUCUCAGCCCGCUGGGCCGGCGGCAGCGGCGGCAGCCCGUACUUCAUCGACGCGGACCCGGCCCUAUUCGAGCACAUCCUGCGGUACCUGCGGCGCGGGGUGCUGCCGGUCUUCUACGACAUGGCGCGGGGCCACGACCACGCCCGGUACCUGGCGCUGCUGGAGGAGGCGCGGUACUUCCAGAUCGCGCGGCUGCAGACGUGGCUCGAGAACCGGCAGUACGUGCAUGCGCUGCGGGUGGAGUGCGGGCUGCGGGUUGUUCCAGACGCCUGUGCUGCUGCUUCUACUGCUUCUACAACACUGCCCUCGGACACGGCGGUGGAGUACCAUGCGGCGUGGGGGGCGAAGCACGUGUAUGUGUGUCCGCGGGGGAUCGCUGUGCAUAGGGGAGACCCUGGUGCUUGUGGUCGGCGAUGCAUGAAUGCGCUGGGGGACUCGGAGGCGGUUUAUGAUGAGGAACCGACGGUGAGGUUGUUGGAGGUGGAGAAGAGGGUGGUUUUUGAUAUGCGUGCUUGUCGGGCGGGUCGGUAAGAACCUCUUCUUUCUCUUUCUCUCUCUCUCUCUCUCUCUAUGUAUGUAUGUAUGUAUGUGUGUGUAGUACAAGCACUACUUCAGUUUCGGUGCUGAUAUGUAUAAUCCCAGGAUCGAGGUGGAUGACGAUAUAUUCCCGUUGUCAUUCACCCAGCUAGUUCCACGCCGCUAUUAUUAGGCUGGCGUUCAUUGAAUAAAUAUGUU